UGAGCAAUAAAAAAUAUGAAUAACAUACAUUCUGUACAUUUCUAUUAUAAAUUGACCAUUUCAGUUUUCUUAAGACUACCAAGUACCAACAAACUAUCUUGUAAGGCCAUCAUUAAAGAAAGUCAAAUUCAUCUCCUCAUAAAUUCUGAGUCCAAUGAUUCAGAAAAGUGCCAAUCUUUUCUUACCAAAGCACAACAAGACUAAACUCAUGGGGUUCAGCCAUCACAGAAACUUGUCAUGUUAUGUUGUUCAACUCCUUUUGCUCAUAUUGUCUUGUUUUCUUAUGAUUUCUGCAGCCAUUGACACCAUCAGCGCUAAUGAAUCUCUUAGUGAUUCUGAAGCCUUGAUUUCCAGUGGAAAUAGAUUCAAAUUGAGUUUUUUCAGCCCAGCAAAUAGCAGCCGUCGUUACCUCGGUAUCAUGUACAAUCUGCCGGGGGAAACUGUUGUAUGGGUAGCUAAUAGAAACAGGGCUAUCAAUGAUUCGUCUGCAACAUUUCAGAUAUCAUCAGAUGGCAAUCUUGUGAUCUUGGAUGGUCGAAAGGAAAUUGUGUGGUCGACUGAUCUUCCAUUUUCUGUUGCAAAUUCUAGUGGUGUGCUCUUGGAUACAGGGAAUCUGGUUCUGCGAGAUGGCUCCAAUAACGCGUAUGUUUGGGAGAGCUUCCAGCAUGCUACCGAUUCUUGGUUAGAGUAUAUGAAGAUUUCUACAGAUUUGAGUAGGAAUGAGAGAAAUUUACUGACAUCAUGGACAAGUCCUGAUGAUCCAGCACCUGGAAGAUUCACCUUCACCAUUGAGCCUUUAGAAGUUCCUCAGUCGUUUGUUAGGAAGGAUGGAAAUCCUUACUGGCGCACUGGUCCCUGGAAUGGUCUGAGAUUCAAUGGGGUUCCAAACAUGAGCUCCGACUAUGCUUAUGGAGUUAAGGUCUUCAGUGAUUCUCCAGGAACUGCAUAUCAAAUACUUACUUUUAGAAAUUCAUCUGUUUUGUUUUACGCUUUCUUGAACUCUUCAGGGAGUUUAGAGCAGAUGGGGUGGUCUCAUGAGAACAACAGAUGGGAUGUAGUACGCUCAUUUACACAGAGUCACGAGUGUGAUAGGUAUGGUAAGUGUGGAUCUUUCGGCAUCUGUGUUGCUCAACACAGGCCCAUAUGUUCCUGUUUUCGGGGCUUCGUGCCAAGAACAAAAGAUGAGUGGGAUGCAGGAAACUGGACUCGUGGAUGCACUAGGAAAACUCCCCUUCAAUGUGAGCACAACACUUCUGUGGGUAAACAAGAUAAGUUUCUAAAGCUUAAGGGAGUAAAGUUGCCGGAUCAUUAUAAAUCGUAUCUCCUUUCUGGAGGAGGCUGCAGGGACAAAUGCUUCAGUAAUUGUUCUUGUAUAGCUUAUGCGGAUCCUCCUGGAAUUGGAUGUCUGCUCUGGACUCAUAACUUAACUGAUACUCAGAAAUUUACUUAUGGCGGUGAUGACUUGUACAUUCGAUUGGCAUAUUCAGAACUAGCAGAUAAUAAGCAACACCACAGAACAAUUAUCGUGACAACAGUGGUUUUGGGGUUUAUACUUGUUGCUGUGUUUGCAUACUUUCUGCUGAAGCUGUUGUUGAAUUACAAAGCGGGGAAGCAUAGAAGUAUUUUGCCAUUCUUCAAAACCAAGGAAAGUGAUACUGGAUAUUCUAAAGAAAGGGCAUUCAAACAUCAUAAACAUGGAGUUCAACUUGAGGACUUACCUAUAUUUACAUUUAUGAUGCUUUCAAAUGCAACAGAAAAUUUUGAUCCUGCCAAUAAGCUCGGACACGGUGGCUUUGGUUCUGUUUACAGAGGGAGAUUGCAAAAUGGAGUAGAAAUUGCUGUAAAAAGGCUAGCAAGAUCGUCUAACCAAGGGGCGGAUGAGUUCAUGAAUGAGGUUGAGGUGAUUUCAAGGCUUCAGCACCGCAAUCUUGUUAGACUUAUUGGUUGCUGUGUGGAGUCUGAAGAAAAGUUGCUUGUUUAUGAAUAUAUGCCCAAUGGAAGCUUGGAUACCUAUCUCUUUGGUUCACUUAAACAUAAGAUGCUUAAUUGGCAAAGACGCAAAUUAAUUAUUGAGGGGAUCUGUCGAGGCCUGCUUUACCUACAUAGAGAUUCAAGGUUAAAGAUUAUUCACAGAGAUCUCAAGGCAAGUAAUAUCUUGCUGGAUGAGGUGUUUAACCCUAAAAUCUCCGACUUUGGAAUGGCAAGGAUUUUUGGUGGAAAUGUCGAUCAAGCUAAUACAUCAAGGGUUGUUGGGACAUUCGGCUAUAUGGCCCCCGAAUAUGCACUACGUGGAAUAUUCUCUGAAAAAUCAGACAUGUAUAGCUUUGGUGUCUUAUUAUUAGAGAUUGUGAGUGGGAAGAAGAACUCCAGUUCUUAUGAUCAACAGCUCUUCCUUACAGCUCAUGCAUGGAAACUGUGGAAUGAAGGAGAGAUAGUAAAUUUGAUGGAUCCAGAAAUACAUGAUAGUGGAGUAGAAGAUGAUAUAGUGAGAUAUGCAAAUGUAGGUCUGUUGUGUGUACAAGAAAUGGCUGCAGAUAGGCCUAACGCGUCUACAGUGUUGUCGAUGCUUAGCUGUGAGAUCGUAGAGCUUCCUCGCCCGAAGCAGCCAGCAUUUCUUGGGAUGCAGAGCUCUCCAGCUACAGAGUCGGCAACCACGGUUUCUAGUAAAUGUUCCAACACUAUUUCUGUAGUUGAAGGAAGGUAAAAGCGGUUAAGUAAAUUGAUUUGAUACAAUUGUUUUUCUGCAUACAUUGUUGCUGACUGCAAUUACGAGGAUGUUUUCCUGUA